CCCUGCCCCGACGUUCUGAGCUGAAUCAUAUAAGCGAUCGAGCUUGGAUCCCAGGUCCACCACACCCCUCUCGUGGAGAUUCACCACUUACUUACCUUUAUCCCCCCCCCCCACAACAUUAACGCACUCCGUGUGCGCCUCCACCGCGUGCGCCAAAGCUCCUUCUCUUCUGCUCUGCUCUGCCUGGCCAACCCCAGCGAGCGCUAUACAAGAUCGACCCAAUUCGGACAACAGUCGUUCGUACAGCUCGCUGCGAACGAGCAUUCACGCCAGAUAAGCUCGAAAUCGUUCUCGCUGCGUUGCCAUCAUGAUCGCACGUAAGAUGCCCCUUCGCCUGGCCAGCGCGGCUGGACGAUCGGUGAAGGUCGCUCAGCGACCCGUCAGCUUCGUCGCUCCCACCUCCUCCGCACCUCUUCGCGCCUUUAGCAGCUCUCGCAUCAUGUCGCAAUCCUUCAGGACUGAAAAGGACACGUUUGGUGAUCUCCAAGUCCCCUCGGACAGGUACUGGGGAGCUCAAACACAAAGGUCUCUGCAGAAUUUUGACAUUGGUGGAGCUCAAGAGAGAAUGCCUUUGCCCCUCAUCCAAGCCUUUGGUGUGCUCAAAAAGGCAGCGGCUGCAGUCAACCAGACAUACGGAUUGGACCCAAAGAUUGCAGACGCGAUUCAAAAAGCUGCUGAUGAGGUCAUCAGCGGCCAGCUCGAGUCCCACUUUCCUCUCGUCGUGUUCCAGACUGGAUCAGGAACGCAGACGAACAUGAAUGUCAACGAAGUCAUCAGCAACAGAGCCAUCGAGCUCCUGGGAGGAGAGCUGGGAAGCAAGAAACCCGUGCACCCCAACGAUCACGUCAAUAUGAGCCAGAGCAGCAACGAUACCUUCCCUACUGCUAUGCACGUCUCGGCUGUUCUGCAAAUCAGCAACUCUCUCUUGCCCGCUCUGGAGGAGCUCAAGACAGCGUUGGACGCCAAGAGAGCCGAAUUUGACGACAUCAUCAAGAUCGGACGAACGCACUUGCAGGAUGCCACGCCAUUGACUCUGGGUCAAGAGUUCAGCGGAUACGUCAAGCAGCUCGAGAACGGCAUCGAGAGGGUCAAGAGCGCCCUGCCGCGCUUGAGCCAAUUGGCGCAAGGAGGCACUGCAGUCGGAACGGGAUUGAACACCUACAAGGGCUUCGACGCUGCAGUGGCAGCCAAGAUCGCCGAGAUUACGGGCGUGCAUUUCGAGACUGCGCCGAACAAGUUCGAAGCUUUGGCAGCGCACGAUGCGAUUGUGGAAGCUAGCGGACAGCUGAACACUGUGGCUGUCAGCUUCAUGAAGAUCGCAAACGACAUUCGAUACCUCGGAUCGGGACCUCGUUGCGGGCUUGGAGAGCUGGCUCUGCCGGAGAACGAGCCUGGAUCCAGCAUCAUGCCUGGCAAGGUCAACCCCACGCAGUGCGAAGCCCUGACCAUGGUCGCUGCUCAGGUCAUUGGAAACAACACGACGAUCAGCGUUGCUGGUUCUUAUGGACAGUUCGAACUCAACGUCUUCAAACCGGUGCUCAUCAAGAAUUUGCUGCAGAGCAUCAGACUCCUGGCAGAUGGAGCCAGAAGCUUUACGAAGAAUUGCGUCGUGGGCAUCGAGGCGAACAGACCUAGGAUUCAUCAGCUCCUCAACGAAUCUUUGAUGCUUGCCACCAUCCUCAACAGCCAUCUGGGAUACGAUUCUGUCGCCAAAGCGGCAAAGAAUGCCCACAAGAAGGGCAUUACCCUCAAGGAGUCCACUGUCGAGUUGGGCUUCCUGACGCCAGAGGAGUUUGACGAGAAGGUCAGACCCGAACUCAUGAUUGGCCCCAAUGACCCACCCAAAAAGUGAACGCCAGAGGCGCAAGAACCAAAUCAUAGAGACGCUUCUUCUCUUCGAGGUGUGGACUAUCAAGUCAAUAGAUAUCAUUGCUGCGCCAUGAUCUGACUCGACGAGGCGCAUCACGCAUGGAAGGCGUCGAGAUGCGGUUAGUAUUACAUGUAAAAUCACUUUUUGACGAGCUUGGCACUCUGGACAAGUUCCUGCAGACUGAUGGGGCUGUACUCAUCGGCCGCAUUUGACGAGGCGGUAUGAUGAGCAGCAGCAAAAGCCCAGACCACAUCGUCGUCGAUGUAAAAAGUGAUGCCGGGCUUUCCAGUAAUGUGAGGGGAUAUGCGAAGUAGCGGCGCUCCGUUGAGCGGAUGAGAUUUGCUCA